AUGACAGCUGGUAAUGAACAUGUAACCACCAUCUUGGUGUGGGCAGUGAAUCCUGGUCGUGACAGUGACAGGCCCUUACUCCCCGGGUCCCCCCCUCCCCCCUGGAUCACCCCCUGGAUCACACCGCCUGGAUUCAUCAUUGAUCGGACAAAUCGAGGAGCCGAGGGUUGUGAGAAGCCUCUAACCAUCACAGAGCUUGGAGGUAAAGAGGAUGAACUUUAUAACCCUGAGGUAGAGCGUCUUGGAGCUUGUCUGCGUCAAAUUGGGGAUGAGCUCGACAGCAAUGUGGAGUUACAGAGGAUGAUCGAAAACAUUGGCAACCAAUGCCCGAAGGAAAUGUUUUUCAGAGUGGCCAAGGAACAGUUUGCUGAUGGAGUCAUCAACUGGGGGAGAGUAGUGACACUUUUCUACUUUGCCUGCAAGCUGGUCGUGAAGGCCUUUUGUCAGAAAAUUCCGGAACUGAUCCAGACUAUAAUCGGCUGGACUAUGGAAUAUAUCCAGGAGAAUAUUUUGCGCUGGAUUCGGGACCAUGGCGGUUGGGAAGCUAUACUGGGUACACCGACUUGGCAAGCUUUUGGCAUCUUCACUCUGGGAGUCAUCACCACUCUGGUGGUGGUGCGUUGGAAAUCUUCCUAGAGCCAUGCUCUGAGCCCAGGCAAGCAGCAGAUAGGUGAAGGGACCCUGCUGGUGUGGGCCAUCUCCUAACCAAGGCCAUCGAAGCAGAAUCCAGCAAUCUGAGUUCGGUUUAAGCAGAAAUCCCCUCAGCCAGGCUUCUGAGGAUGGGGUGGGUUCUCUAUGAUUGAGAGAUUCCAUGUGGAUUCAUUACGUGGAAGAAGUGGCUUUUGUACUGAGCACUGGAUGUGAGUUUAUUGGAAACUGCACAUGCUUUUACUAGGUGGAAGGGGCAGAGGGAAUAAGUGGCAAGGCCGCGGGUUAGGCAAUGGGAGCAGUGUCAGUUUUAGCUGUCAGCUCUGAAUAGUCUUAUGGUGUUUUUUUUCUUACAGAUGGGUUUUCAGUCUGUAGUGACGCACUGAUUGUGUUAAAGUCACUUUAUAAGUAAAAGACUACUUAUCAGCUCAGAUGUGGUCCAGUACAUGAAUGCUGAUACACUGGGCAUUGAUUAGCAAUAAACUGUCUAUCAUUCAAGGCACAUGGAGACUCAGCUGCUAUUUAGAGAUCCCAGCCUUCAAUUUAACUGAACACAUUCCUGUUAAUUCACUUCAACCCACAGUGUCUGUUGUUUGCUCUAGGCAUUGUUUGGUUGCAAGAGUUUUGAGUUUUACAAUGUGAAGGAGCCAUUUUAGAACACUCAGAUGUAUUCUGCAUGAUGUGAAAUGAUUGACAAUCAUACGCACUUAUCCUUUUAGGUUUUACUUGUGGAGCAAGGGUAUGGGCUUGCCUUGUGAUCUGGCCUGUGAGGGUUUGUCAUUCAGACAGCAGCUGUGAUUAGACUAUUGACCUUUACCUCCUUCAGAUUAAGUAAUUAAACAUUGCCAAUGUGACAGAAUUUUUAAACCAGCUGAAGAAAAUGAAAAUUUUAUACAUUAUUGCUGAAGUGUCCAUUUACUUGCAAUGAAGUAAGUCAUAGUAUAAUCACAACACAGGAGGCCAUUCAUCCUUUUGAGCCCGUGCCACCUUAUGUCAAGCAGUACAAUCAGCUCUAUCACCCCUUCUGUAUCCUAAUUCUUUUGUUUACAGCCACCAAAUUACCCAUGUUUCUAAGUAAAAUAUUGAAUUCUCUCUAACUUUAGAUUUGCAAGUUUAUUUUACCCACUUGCUCUUCGCAUUUCCUUUCGAUUGCCUUCACUUAUUUCACCCAGAUGGACAGUAAGACUCACUGAAUAAACCAAGGUCAGCUUCUCAUUUCCGAAUCCUGAAAUCUGAGCCCCUUUUGUACCGUUGGCUAAAACCUUUUCUUUAUCUACUGUAUCUAAGAUUGACAUAAUCUUGCACACUUGUCAUAAUCCCCUUCAGUCUCCUCCAAGAACAUCUACAAUUUCACAAAACUAACUAGCUAAAUCCCAAAACCAGGAACCAUUGUGGUAAAUUUCCCCAGAACCUUUUCAGGACCCUCAUGUCCUUGCUAAAAUAUGGUGUUCAGAAUACCCAAUACUCUAGCUUGUGUCUGGUUGGAGGUUUAAAAGGGUUAAGCAUAACCUUUUUAUGCCCACUUCCUCUAUUUAUGAAGUUCAAGAUCUCAGAUGCUUUUUUGAUUACUUUCCAAUAGAUUCAGCCACCUUAAAAUUGAUGCAUAUGUCUCUCUAUGUGCUCUAAACCUGUGCCGUUGAGCCCAGGGAUGUUUAGGUUAGGUGGGUUAGACAUGGAGAAAUGCUGGAGUACAGGUUUGACUGAGGGUGGGAUGCUGUUCGGAGUGGCGGAUGGAUCAUUUCACAGGCUGUAUUAAGUUCCAGCUGCCAAUGGUUGCAGUCAUAGUGUGCUGGCAUUUGUUCUAACAUUGUCAGUUGAUCAGUCACAGUUUAGGACUACACAGACUAAAUUAUCCCAGUUUAGGUCAGAUUUUCCCCCUCCUUAACCCCUUGUUCAUCUGCCUCCUGAAGUAGUGGAACAUGAGAAAUAUCAUCUGCUUUGUCUCUUUUUGUGCAAUCCCUCUCUUCCCCUACGUAACUAGCAUUGUGCAAUUUGCCCAGCAGUGGCCUGCAGCAUAAUCCCUGUCUGUCCUGUUGGGGAGGGAGAAGUUUAGCGUUAAUUACAGUGUAAGUGACCUGGACCUGCUAGUUGCUGCUGGUACUCUGACUUUCUGUCUAUUGUGCAUCCACGGUGAGAACAGCAGUUCGUGAGGGUUAUUUAGAACGAUAACAGUAGAAGUUUUUUAAAAUUUAUUUUCCUUUUUAGCUUAUGAUUGGAUCACUGGAGGAAGGGGAGGAUUACAUUGGCUGCUGAGGAGUGGGGGAAUAUUGUAGCACAGACUUGUCAGCCAAAUUAAGAAAAGGAUGGUUUAUUUCUCUGCAGAUAAAUGAUACCUGAGAAAGAUCUAGAUAUGGACUGCAUUAAAAACUAAAGUCUUCGGGUAUUGAAUUAGCAUCAUCUCCCAUGCAGUCACUUCACCUGUUUAAAACCAUGUCUUCAUUUCCAAUCGAUCGUCCAAUCCCUGCUUGAACAGUCCACACCCAACAGUUUUGCUCCCUCAGACACUUAGUGCCUGUUCUAGAUGAUGGCUUCAUGUUUGUUUGCCUCAGUCAGUGAUACUGUCACCUCAUACAACAGAAGGCCAUAGUUAAAACCACAUUCUGAUCCUCCAAUCCUGUAGGAGUGCAACAUUAUUAGAAAAGUCUCCUUUUUUUGGUAAAUGUUGGCACCAAUCUUAAAGUAAGACAUUCUCUUUCUGUCCUGUCUUCCUGGCUGGAUUUUGUGUGGUCUUUUAGUUGUCCCAUUUAUGUCAAGUCAAGAUGAGCUAAGCUCUCUCAAGGUUUAUCUACAUUUGAGACCUCAAGCCACAAUCUAGAAUUGUCUGUCUUUUUUAAAAAAGCCUCUGAUACCUCUGCCUACAUGUUAUGCCUUCUGUACUGCAGGGUGAAGUGCAUGUCCUCCUGAUACCUAAUCCAAUGCUCGAGUUCCCUGCAAGUUGGCUCAGUGUUUCUUUGCUUUAAAAGUGUGCUGGGCUGGGUAGGCAAUGAAUGCUUCAUAAGUCACACUGCUUCCUUGGUUGAGCAGAGCAAAGAGAACUCAGCUUUUACUUCCUCUGCCAAUUCAUUAAAUGUUCGAGGGAUCCAAAGCUGAGAUAAGAUCCAUUGCAGGUAUAUCCAUAUUCAGACAUUAAUAGAUAUUGAACACUUAAUGUCUCUUCCAGAAGCCUUUAUCUUCAAUAUGUUAAAAAUGAUUUAGAUAAAUGAACUCAGUCUGAUGCAUUUGUGCAGUAACUGAUGCAAGAAAAUGUCACCUUUAACGUGCUGAGUGAUUGCAGACCCAUACACCCUGUAAAAUGAGUCCAUCCCAGAAAAGUACAUUUGAUUGUAGCGCUCCAACCAGGGAAACCUUGAGAUGGUUGGAACCUAAAGAUUGGGCAUGGGUGGAAUGAGCGCAAGCCCACCUUUGUCUUUCUUACCGGCAGCUGAAUAUCCGGUCUGUAUCAGUUUACUCCUGGUCUGCUAUUGCUCUGAAGCUGGUUUUGUAGCAAAGAUUUCAUUCUGUUGCCUUAUCUUUUCAUAUAAAAAAAGUGAAAUUAUGUUAAAUUAUGGUAUCUCAGAAGCAAUGAAUUUUGUUCUUUUUGACUUCCAUUGCAUCUUUUUAACUAAUGGAAAUCCUUGAGCCAGGCCCUGAAUGGGUUACAUUAUUGGUGCUGUUUCUGAGAUGUGAAAUGUGCUUGGGCUGCAGCGAGCUGCUUUGUGUUGUGUGUAGCUCUCUGCCUUGCAUGUGGUUUGGUCUCUGCACAAAGUGCCUCACUGUUGAACCUGCCCUGUUCCGGUCUUAGGACUCGCCUCUUCAUCCGUGCUUCAAUCUUGUGACUCGUUUAAAUGUAUGACUAAACAAGGCAUUGGUGUCCUAAUUAUCCUUUGUGGGAUAAUUGUCGAAUUGUCUUUGACAUGUCUUAACUUGGCGAUUUUAUGAUCUUGUAUUAAAUUGUUUGUUUCUGGGUGUGGCUGAAUGUGAUACAACCACUGACUGGCAGCAUCCAUAGGAAAUAGUUUGCAAUGAAGAAAGAUGCUUUUUCAGAGGGAGGUGACCAUCAGAUCUAUUAACACUUCCCAAGAUAAUCAGGUUUUAUACCCAUUUUAUAAUGUGUAAUUCUUCCAAUCUGUUUCUCACCCUUGCUGUGCCUCACUUCAGUAUGGUUUCUGACUGUCACUGGAUCCUCUCCUAUUAUAGCUAUAUGACAUUUGCACAGAUUGGGGUCAAACCCACAACUUUCCUGAUUGGCAAGUAUGCAGGCACCGACCUCUCUUAAAAAUGGUGUGUAUUCUGACACAAUCCUUGAGCAGUUAUAAACUGGCACUGAGGUGGCUGUGACCUGCAGUGCUAACAGUAAUUUGGGAUUGUUGCAUUGUGCUGUGGUUUCACUGUUCAGCACCCUGUAUCUGAGGUAUGACGUCUUCAAGCUGAACUGUAAAAGCUUUUAAAAUGUCAUGUAGAAAUGUGAGUGACAUACUUUUAGGAUUCAUUGCCAGGGAAUUCUCUUUUUUUCACGCUGUUAAUAUAUAAACUACUACUUGAAUGUUAUCAAAGGGCUGUUUUUCUACUAUCAUACAUUUCUUACUUUUUGAUUUUUUUUCAGAAUAA